AUGGCUCCUCAACUUCACCAUAACCCUCCGUUCCGUGCUGAACACCUUGGCUCGCUUCUUCGUACCGAUGAACUCUUGAAAACAAAGCUUGCCUUCGAACAGGGCCAGAUCCCUAAGGCUGAUCUUACUGCCGUCGAAAACAAGGAUAUCAAGGAAGUUGCUGAAACCCAGAAGAGGCUUGGUUAUGCCGCCAUCUCGGAUGGAGAGUAUCGCAGACACAUGUUCUGGGGAUCCUUUUUCCCUGGGCUUCAUGGAUUUGAGGAAGUCAAAGAUAUCGACGCUGAUGUGUUCCGUCCUUAUGCUCCUGACGUCGCUGCUUUCCUCGAGGCUGGACACAAACCUGGUGAGAGUGUCAUAUGUACUGGCAAGAUUAAGCAUGUCGGUAGCACCUAUGUCGACGAGUUCAAGUAUCUAGCAAGUGUUGUUCCCCCUGAGGAGGUCAAGAACCUGAAGAUUACUCUUGCUUCCCCCAGCUGGUAUCACUUGCGGUAUAAGGAGGGAAAGGCCUACCCGAAGGAUGUGUAUGCCUCCGAUGACGAGUACUUUGGCGACGUUGCCAAGGUUUAUCAAGAUGAGCUUCAGAUAUUGUAUGAUGCUGGCUGCAGGAAUGUUCAGUUCGAUGAUCCCAACCUUGCUUACUUCUGCUCUGAAAAGAUGCUUACUGGUUGGAAAGAAGACCCGUUGAAUGUAAUCUCCGCUGAUAAGACAUUUGAGAAGUACAUCAAGCUGUACAAUGACUUACUGUCCAAACGUUCCACCGAUUUCCACGUUGGCGUGCACAUUUGCCGCGGCAACUUCGUUGGUAGCCGUCACUUUUCCGAGGGUGGAUAUGACCGAAUUGCAACCAAACUUUUCAAGGAGCUCAACGUCGACACAUUUUACCUGGAAUACGACACUCCUCGCGCCGGUGGUUUCGAGCCACUGAGGGAGCUUCCCCCGCACAAGUACGUAGUCUUGGGUGUUGUGACUAGUAAGUUUCCUCAUCUCGAGGACAAGGGAGAAAUGAAGCAGCGCGUCUAUGAUGCUGCCAAAUUUAUUGCGGAAGGCAACAAUAUCUCCGUUGAGGAGGCCCUGAAGCAAGUCGGUGUCAGCCCACAGUGUGGUUUCGCUAGCCACAGAGAAGGCAAUGCCAUUGACCGCAACGGUAUGAUUGCCAAACUGAAGCUUGUCCGGGAAAUUGCCAAUGAUAUCUGGCCUGGGGAACCUUAA